AUGUCUAUACUCAAAUGGUUCCUUAUACGAUCAACUCUAACCAUUCUUUUAGUAAGAGAAGAAGAUUUUGGUGCAUACUCGUGUGAUUACUACAAUCCAAUGAAAGUUCGUGUUGUACCUCGAGCUUUCAUGACUCCCAAGGUCCCCGAUAGUAAGAUAAUAAAGCAAGCAAACAGUUUUGACUACGAGACACAGCUGCCACCAAUGUCACCCCAUCCUGAUUGUGGAUGCAAACCAAAUCCAAUUGAGGAUCCAGACAUUUCAAAGAGUGUUAUAACGUAUGAUAAAACGUGUUUCAAUGAGUUUGAACUAGUCAGGACCCCGUCUACAGACAAAGUCAUUCCUAUUAAAGUAAGUCCUGGUGGAGUCUUAUUCGAACAAGCAUCAUACUGGACAGUAGCGGA